AUGCUUUUUGGAAGUUGUUUUCAGCGUUUUUCUUGCAAAAUACGUCUAAAAAGAUUGGUAACCUUGAAUGGAAGAAACUGCGCCACGACAAGACAAAAAUCUGUUCUUGUUUACAGAUCCACUUCUUUGGACCCGUUCGUCAAUUUGGCGUUCGAGGAUUUGAUCCAUGAUCAAGUUGAUAAUGCAAACACAAAAAUCUUAUUUCUAUGGAGGAAUGAACCGACUGUUGUAAUUGGUAGACAUCAAAAUCCAUGGAAAGAAUGCAACCUCGAGUUGGUAAAAUCCAAAGGAAUUAAUCUGGUUAGAAGAAAGAGUGGUGGGGGUACGGUAUAUCAUGACCCAGGCAAUCUCAAUUUCACAUUUUUCACGGACAGACACGAUUAUAAUCGAAAAAGAAACCUCGAAUUUAUAGCAAAUUUUUUAAAAUGUUUUUAUAAGUUUGAUGUGUCUCUCAAUGAGAGGGAUGACUUGGUCUUAGAAACCAAAUACAAAAUUUCUGGAACUGCUGCAAAGCUUGGAUUGAACAAAGCAUACCACCACUGCACAUUACUGUGCAAUAUAGACACUACAGUACUAGAUUCGGUUCUUCAUCCUAAUUAUAUAGGUAUAGAUUCAAAUGCUACACAAAGUGUGAAAUCAAAGACAAAGAAUUUAUUCAACAACUCAGAAUCUUUUGAUUGGGAAGAGAUAACUAAAGAAUUGGCAAAAGCAUUUGUUGGACAAUACCAGUCAACAGACAAGUCACUUAACUCCAAUGAAUGUUUGAUUGAUGUUGAUCCUUUAUUUAUAGAUCAGUCUCAAGAAAUUUUAAAAAGGAGAGAUGACUUCUCUGAGUGGGAUUGGAACUAUGGCAAAACACCAAAAUUCAGCUUUCAAACCAAAAAACAAUUUCCUUUUGAUACAGUUAACUUGAAAAUGACUAUCAACAAAGGUUUAAUCUCACAAGUUGAUAUAGAUUGUAAUAAUAGUAUGAUAGAGAUAAUCAUUUCAAAAUUUGUAGAAAAACUACUUGGAAAUAGGUUUGAGCGAUCAGAUAUUUUAGCAACCUUGAGCUAUCAACUUUCCAAUCACAGUUUUAACCAAAGCCAAGAGGAUAAUGUUAGAAGAGAGACUGCAGAGUGGAUAACUUCCUUUUUUCAUUGA